AGCAUUUGGAAGUAACAGGACCUCUUUUUAGCUCUCCGAAGAGUGUAAGGGAAGGAAGGAGCAGCACAUUUCCCAAAGGUCCUGCCCUUUCAUUAAUGAUGGAGAGAAGGAAAUUCAGGAAGUGCAAGCUGAUGAGCAGCUAUGGAAGAGAGUCUGUGAUGGAUUACAACUUCAGCAAACUCUAACUCAAAAAGAACAAUGACAACCAAGAGAUUUAAACCAGAUUUUUCAAUGUACUUCAAAGGAGCUGGAUCUUGUUGUUUGGAGGUUUUUUAAUACUUUAACUCCCUCUGCUGUUAUUACUGAGAAGUUCUUCAACAAUGGGAAAUCAUGUACUGGCAGCUUCCAUUUCCAUGUUAUCCCUUCUGGCAAUAAUGGGAGAUACAGACAGUAAAACAGACAGUUCAUUCAUGAUUGACUCUGACCCAGGUCGCUGUAUGAGGCACCAUUAUGUCGAUUCGAUCAGUCAUCCAUUGUACAAGUGCAGCUCUAAGAUGGUGCUCCUGGCUCGCUGCGAGGGUCGUUGCAGUCAGACUUCACGCUCUGAGCCAAUGGUCUCCUUCAGCACAGUCCUGAAGCAGCCUUUCCGUUCUACUUGUCACUGCUGCCGGCCCCAGACCUCCAAGCUGAAGGCAAUGCGAUUACGCUGCUCUGGUGGCAUGCGGCUUACCGCCACCUACCGCUACAUCCUCUCCUGCCACUGUGAAGAGUGCAACUCCUAGGGAUGCACCCACUGCAGCAGGGAGAGGGGGACACUGAUGUGUGGAAAGACAACCUUCACUAAGGUGUUCUUACAAGGACACUAUUUCAGUGUUAUAAAUUCCAGGGCUAAUCAAGCUAGAAUGGUUUGGGAAACAAAUAAAUUCUCCUACUUGUCUGUGCUGGAACCCCAAGGAUUUAUUUUCAGGAGCCUUUCUUUUUCCUGGGAGGAUAUUUUAGGGUCAUUUUUUCAGACUUCACCUUUCUUUUGCUCUAAGCACAGAGACCUGAUUCUAAUUUUCUGCCAGUGAACAAUAAGGACAAAGAAAGAGAGCAGUGGGUGUCAGUAUGAUGGAGACACUGUUCUAGAAGAGCCCAGGAGGAGUAUGGACCUCAAUUACUGUGCACACAUCCUUAUUCUAUCAUUUUAUUCUCCAUCUCUUACUUACAUUUCUCUUCAAAAUAAACUGUGCUGUUGAUAAAGCCUAUACAUUACUGAUCCAGCGAACAAGUGCUGGAUAACAUUAAUGAUGGUUUAGCUGAAGUUACAAUAAAUAAUUGAAAAG